CGGUGCCUCGCCGCAGUGUCAUCACUCCUUCCCUCUGGAAUACAGAUACAGGAGGAUCGCUGUUACCGGCUAGGCCUGCAUUACUCAGCAUAGGCUGGGCUUAUUUGCAGAGACCUGCAGUCUGCCAAUCGGGAUGCCACUGCAUCAGACUAUAACAGAGCUACUGCAGCUCACGGUAAAGAGUACGAGGAGAGGCACUGGAGCAAAAUAGAGGUGAAGAGGGGGAAUCUAAAAAGAGGAUACAAAACAGCACAGGAGAUAAAAGAAUUGUGGGCGUGAGGACGAGGAAAAAAGGAGGAAGGAAGUGAGUGGAUGUGGUGACAUGACAUGGAGGAGAAAGAAGAGAACAGUUAAGUGUGAUGUCUGCAAAACAAAAUACAUUCAGCAGAGUUCAGCAGAGUCACAUGUGGUCCUCACAGCCAUGUGCCUUUGUCAGGGUCACGCUCUUCUUCAAAUCAAGGAGGAAUUCGACACUGCUUCAUGAAUCUGGAGGAUCCUUCCCACUGUGUUAAUAGAACUUGAAUUAUUACAUAAUCAUCAGUGUUCAUGCCCGGCAGGACAGACCAAUUUCUAACAACAAAACCCAUGGUGCCAGGAUGAAGCAUCAGUGAAAGUGGCAUCAGAUAUUUCAGCUGCUUUUACAAAGGAUUCUUCACUUUAAGCCUUAAAACAAACUGGGACCGCAGUCAAAGUCUUCCUUCACGUACUGUAUGUUGGACAGGAUAUGACUGGAUAUUAGAGAAUACUGAGAUACUAAAUCGUCCGGAGACAAAACUGCAAACAGCACAAACCAGCAAAAUGCCGUGCUCACCUUUCCGAAUCGGAAGGCCGAGAAAAUUCUGGAAACAAGAUGGGAGUGACCCCCGAAUUUCUGCAACACUAGAGCCCCAGCUGUUCCAGCCUACACUCACAUACACCUCCUCGCCAUUCAACAAGACCACAGAUUUUUUUCAAAUGAUUGAAAAGAUGCAGGGCAACAGGAUGGAUGAGCAGAGAUGCACCUUUCCUCCCCCACUCAAGACUGAAGAAGACUACAUUCCAUACCCAAGUGUCCAUGAGGUGUUGGGCAGAAAAAGUCCCUUUCCUCUCAUCUUACUGCCACAGUUUGGGGGUUACUGGAUUGAAGGGACCAACCAUGAGCUAGGUGACACAGUGGACACCGAACAGUUGCAGCCUCUGUCCCCGAACACCCGCACCAAGCUGGAAUGUAACACAACGGCUAAAAUCUACCGGAAACAUUUCCUGGGAAAGGAACACUUUAAUUACUAUUCAGUGGACAGUGCCCUUGGACAUCUGGUGUUCUCUCUAAAGUACGAUGUGAUUGGUGACCAGGAACAUCUCCGUCUCAUGCUCAGGAACAAGCUGAAAACCCACCAUGAUGUGAUUCCAAUCUCCUGUCUGACAGAGUUCCCCAACGUGGUCCAAAUGGCCAAGCUUGUCUGUGAAGAGGUCAACGUGGACCGCUUUUUUCCUGUCCUUUAUCCAAAAGCUUCAAGACUUAUUGUCACCUUUGAUGAACAUGUGAUAAGCAACAAUUUCAAGUUCGGGGUCAUUUAUCAAAAGUUUGGACAGACAUCAGAGGAAGAGCUGUUUGGCAACAGCGAAGAAAGUCCUGCCUUUGUAGAAUUCCUGGAGUUCCUAGGAGAGAAAAUUGAGCUGCACAACUUUAAAGGUUUCCGUGGAGGGUUAGACGUGACUCACGGGCAGACUGGCACUGAAUCUGUCUACUGCAACUACCGCAACAAAGAGGUCAUGUUCCAUGUGUCCACAAAGCUGCCUUACACAGAGGGGGACACCCAGCAGUUGCAGAGAAAGAGGCACAUAGGGAACGACAUUGUGGCCAUCGUGUUUCAAGAGGAAAACACUCCCUUUGUACCGGACAUGAUCGCUUCCAACUUUCUUCAUGCCUACAUCGUGGUCCAAGUGAUGAACCCCUGCUCUGACAAUGUUCUCUACAGGGUGUCCGUCACAGCACGGGAUGAUGUACCUUUCUUUGGCCCGGCUCUCCCAAACCCUGCUGUCUUUAAAAAGGGCCCUGAAUUCCAUGAAUUCCUUUUUACUAAGCUCAUCAACGGAGAAUAUGCCUGCUACAAAGCUGAGAAAUUUGCCAAAUUAGAGGAGCGAACACGAUCGGCCUUGUUAGAGACUCUUUAUGAGGAGCUCCACAUGAACAGCCAGGCGAUGAUGGGUGUCGGAGGAGACGACGACAAACUGGAAAAUGGGAGUGGAGGAGGAGGGGGCUUCUUUGAGUCUUUUAAGCGGGUGAUCCGCAGCAGGAGCCAGUCUAUGGAUGCCAUGGGUUUUUCUCUCAAGAAGCAGCACUCAGUCUCCUCUAGCCUCAGCGGCAGCUUUAACCACGACCCCGCAGAGAACCCCAAAUUCCCAGGGAUAUCAUUGCUUGUCCCAGGCAAAAGUCCCAGUAAAUAUGGACGUCGAGGCAGUGCCAUAGGGAUAGGAACAGUAGAAGAGUCUUUGAUAAUCCCGGGGAAAAGCCCGACAAGGAAAAAGUCUGGUCCUUUCAGCUCCAGGAGGAGCAGCGCUAUUGGUAUUGAAAACAUCCAAGAAGUCCAGGAGAAGAGUAGAGAGAACUCCCCAAAUACCCAGAAGACCCCUGACAGCGGCCACGUCUCUCAAGAUCCCAAAUCUGACAACUCAUCCAAUCAGAGCUCUCCUGAGGUGCUCACAACCACCAAGAACAGUUCUUAUCUCGGUGGCAGGGCCCCAUCCAUCCCUGAGGGUCAAGACCUCUCCCGCUCCUCCUCCAAUGCUAGCAGCUUCGCCAGUGUGGUGGAGGAGAAUGAGACAGAGGCCACAGAGGAUUACGACACCGGCAUGGAGAGUCUGUCGUCUGCUGGGACUCCACACAAGCGAGACUCCUUCACCUACACCACCUGGCUGGAGGACAGCGUGAGCAGCACCAGUACCACCAGUCGUGGUAACUCCCCAGGGCCUGGAAAACCUGACCGGGGGAAGGGGACAGACAUCCGUAUCAAACUGGAACGACCACACGAUCGUCAGUCCUCAUCGAACUGUUAGCUCCACCCACCUGGUUGUAUCCUGGAUCUCCAUCUUCAGCAUUCCCAUAAGUCACAAUCCCUCUGGGAGAUGAGACAAGUGCAGGCGUUCGCCAUGACCAAUGAUGAGAAGGAGGAAGACAAGGAAGAUGAGAAAGAAGAGAAAAAGCAGGUGGAGCCUGGCCAGUCUGCUGCUCAAUGAAGGUCAGAGGGCAGCAUAUCCAGAAAUCUGGAGGAGGGCGGUGGAGAGGAUGACGCACACAGAGGGGCCAACUUUUGCACAGUGUUGUUUCCUUCCACUCUUUUCUUCGCCUGUUCACACAUUUGUUGCCUAUAGUUAGACCUCUUGUUUCAAAAGUGCACAUUUUUAUCUACAGAUUUAAUUUGUUUUAAUUGUCAGAAGUCUAACUUUGGUUUAGUUUGUCUCGUUGAAGCCCAGGUCUGUUGGCUAUUCAGGGUAAAGACAGUGGAAUUGAGCUUUUUGAAGAGAUUGUGAGGAGGACUUUUGCUGCAACACAAAGAAGAAAACUGCCUAGAUGGUUUCACCAAAUCAAGAUGUAUAAAUAAUACCAAAUAUUUAGCAUCAAAAAUGGGUAUUUUCUAAAAAAAAAACUAAACAAAACAUCUAAUGUGAUAUAGAAAUGCUCUGUGUGAUCACUUUUCUUUACCACCCAAAUCAGGACAAGAUUAGAUUUGAACACCACGGGUCACAGUGAAGAGAGCAAUGUAUUGUAGAUAACAUUAAAUGGCCUUAAAACUUAAAACAUUCAACGUCUUUCUUUGUCCCUCAGAUUCAUUUUACCUCAUUUCUUUGACUCGUUCCGCAGCUAAUAAUGGGAUUGCAGUAUAAGAGUAAUUGCAAAACUAAUAUAUUCAGAAUUAUUUUAAGCACACUAGUUUCUUUUAAAAAAAAAAAGAUGGCACUGUCUGUAUAGUCUGCUAAUGUAUGGAUAUAUCCAUCGCUGACUGAUUUAACUGCUUUGUCCGUCUUGUGUGUUGGUGCAGGAGACCAGUCUCUACUUCAUGUUCUCUGUUUUUAUUUAUUGAUUUGGUUCACGUUGAAGUGGCUUUUUUUAUUUUUUAUUUUUUUUGCAUACAUCUGUUAUACUGUACCUUUAUGGUGACUACAUGCAGCAUCCUGUCUUAUGAUUAUACUGUAUGUGUUGCUUUGGAGUAAACUGUAAUGGUGUCAUCCGUAAAGCUCUAUUUCAAGGAUCAGAUCUCUUUCAGUGAAGUAAAUCUACAAUGCAAUUAAUAAUAAAAAAGUGACUAUUUAUUUGCUUUUUAAGAGAGAGAAUAACUCCAAAUACAACUACUGAUUUUUGUAAAUAGAUAUUCAGUUGGAGUACAUAGUGUAUAAUGUAUAGGCCUUUCAUUUAAAAUGGAACUGACCAACACCUUGAAAUUACUGCCAUGUCAACAAUCUCUUGUUGUUUUAUGACUCGUGCCCUUACUUUUAAAUAUGAUUUCGAGAGGGUUUUGUAGAAGAAAAAAAAAUAUUUUAAAAGCUAUUCAAGACUGUUGUGUAAAAGGGAAAUUUCACAGUACAUCCUGCUGAUCAUUUCAGUUGCCUUAUCAUCACAAAAUGAUGGUGUAAGUAUAGACAGUAAAGCAAAUAAGUUAUCCAGCAGGAUUUACGAUGAAAUGGAUGUUUUAUUGUUCUUGUUGUUGUUGUUGUUGUUGUUUUUAUUGUAAAUAAAUGCCCUGAGAAGUUUA